AUGCUCAUCUCUACCCAAACUAUCCUCGUAGACGGAAAAAUACGAGGCUUGUAUUGGUUUUGCGGCCAGAGAGUAGCCCUGUGGCCUGCAUGGGAAAGGAACGGCUCAUGGGACGUCUCCCCGGCUCGGCAUUCGUGUGUUGGUGCCACAGAGGCCGGUUUCUAAUUCCUCCCUAUAAAACACAUGGUUGCAACGUGAGCACGCGCCGAGAACUUCAAUUCAAAUCUCGACAAAUACAAUACCGUCGACAGCAUCGUGCGGAACUUGCGCCUACUAACAAGCCCAAAGUGAAAUAUUGCGUCCAAAGGAAAGAAAAAGAAAGAAAAAAAAAUGACGGUGUGGCCAUAGCAACGGGCGCCGCUGGUUUGGACGGAACCUGCUCCAGGUUCUCCGGCGGCCUUUCGAGAGGACGAGUUCGUCUCGCUCUGGUACGAAAUAUACGCUUUAGUGUUCAAGCUCAACUUCUAGGGACGCGAGGACGUGGUGUUUCCGUCGGCAGAUACGGGGAGGCACGCGAAUCUGGAUCGUCAACGUCUCCUCGUCGAGAUAGAGAUAAGCCCCGAAGCCGUCUCCCUCGUCGAGCGGCUACCCUAUCCCCGAAACGGGAGCUACCGACGCAUACGCAUCCACUACGAAGCCGACACCAUAAACUACCUGGACGAGUUCGACAUCAAGGACUAUCGCGACCCGCACGACAUAGCAUAAUACUCUACCCAGGCUAGCAGCAUGAACGGCCGUAGCUACCUGCUGCCACAGGAUAUCGCCCUUGCUCGUCCUGAUGAGAGCGAUGGCAUCGCUUGGAUCCUGGACCUCAAGUAUAGUACGUCUAGGCGGCCCACCCCCGGAUUCUUUUUUUCUCUGUCAUUUUGGUGGCUAUAUAUAUUCUAUACUGCUGCUUCUAAAGGCAUUCGAUCCUGUCCUGUCCUGUCCUGACCGAGCCGUCCCCGCUAGACGCCUUCCGAUUUAUCCGCGGUUGUACUGAAGCACCCGGGAGAGGCCUUGACGGUGUCCCGUUCGAUUUCCCUGUCCAGAGGCCUGAUAACCCGGAUCACUAUAGAAACUGGCCGACGUACCACGCGCCAACCGUCCUGAGAGUAUAGGUUCAGGCCCUCCUGAGUCUCGAGAUAGUCC